AUAAGUAAGAUCACUUUCUGCGCGUGAGGAAGAAGCAUAUUACAUAAAUCCAUCAAACUUUUUCUUAGGCCUAAAGCACCGACAUACAAAUCAGCAGCACUGUUGUUGUUGUAAACAGCUGGGACAGACAAUAAUCGAACUCGAGGGCUCGUCCCUCUCAAGCUUGAUUAUGGGGAGGAGUCCCUGUUGCUCUAAAGAAGGCUUGAGAAGAGGUACAUGGACUGCUCUUGAAGAUAAAAUUCUUACAAAUUAUAUUCAAGCACAUGGUGAAGGAAGAUGGAGAAUUAUCCCCAAAAGAGCUGGUCUGAAAAGAUGCGGCAAGAGUUGUAGGCUGCGAUGGUUGAAUUAUUUGAGACCAGGAAUCAAGAGAGGGAACAUCUCCCCUGACGAGGAAGACCUCAUCCUCAGGCUUCAUAAGCUUUUAGGGAACAGAUGGUCCUUGAUUGCCGGAAGACUUCCAGGGCGAACAGACAACGAAAUCAAGAACUACUGGAACACUAUUUUGUGCAAAAGGAUACAGAAAGAUCAUCAACAAAACCAUAUUCAUAGUUUUAGAAACUUGAACAAUGAAGUCGACAGUAGAGUGUCUCCGACCGAGAAAAAAGUGGCUUCGUCACAGCAAGAUGGAACCGAGCACUGUAUUACUGAUAUAAAGAUAACACCGUCAUCUGUGACAGAAGAAGCUCCUACAUUGGGAAUUAGCAAUGGACACAUUAAUGGGUCAUCUUUGUUUGCCGCCAGAGAAAAUAAAGAUUCACAGGAUUUCAUGUUUCAGUUUGACAUGGAAGAGCUUUUUAGAUCAGAUCUGCUAACUACUCAUGAAGUCUCAUGUGGCUUUAGUUAUUACAGCAGCAGCAGCAGUAAUGACAUAUGGCAUAUGAUUUUGUCAGAGGAAAUGCUGCAGGAUUUUACUGCAGAUGGAGCUUCUGAUCUUAGUCCCUUCACUUCACUUGUCGAUUAUGGAGGUGUUUGGCGAGGAGAUAAUUGAGUUAGAGGAUAAUUCUUCGCUACACUGUAUUUCACUCCAACUCUUAAAAAUGAGCCACACAUGCCACUAAGUGCUUUACAUUUCUGUUAAUAAUAAAUAAAUAAAUAAAAGAAAUGUAAAAUGCUGAAAGUCAUGUUUCACUUAUUUUCAA